CUUCCAUGUUUUACAACCUCAACUGCUGUAUUUUAUAUAAAGGCCACAAAAUGAAUACUGUUAUUGAUGAAAAUUGGGUUACCCUGAGGACUGUUGCUUAACUGAAAUCACAAAUGGAGCAGACAGAAAAAUCAAAAGUAUAUGCUGAGAACGGACUCUUAGAAAAGAUAAAGCUUUGCCUUUCAAAGAAACCACUGCCAUCUCCCACUGACCGAAAGAAGUUUGACCAUGACUUUGCCAUCUCCACUUCCUUUCAUGGGAUACACAAUAUUGUUCAGAACCGGAGCAAAAUUCGCAGGGUGCUCUGGUUGGUGGUGGUUCUGGGCUCAGUCUCACUUGUGACAUGGCAGAUCUACAUUCGCUUGCUCAACUACUUCACAUGGCCAACCACAACGUCCAUUGAGGUUCAGUAUGUGGAAAAGAUGGAGUUCCCAGCUGUGACAUUUUGUAAUUUGAACAGGUUCCAAACAGAUGCUGUAGCCAAAUUUGGUGUUAUUUUUUUCUUAUGGCACAUUGUAUCCAAAGUCCUCCAUCUUCAAGAAAUUACUGCCAAUUCCACUGGCUCUAGAGAGGCUACUGAUUUUGCUGCAAGUCACCAAAACUUCAGCAUUACGGAAUUUAUCAGGAACAAAGGUUUUUAUCUCAACAAUAGCACUUUGUUGGACUGUGAGUUUUUUGGAAAGCCAUGUAGCCCAAAGGAUUUUGCACAUGUCUUCACUGAAUAUGGAAAUUGUUUUACUUUUAAUCAUGGUGAAACUCUCCAAGCAAAGAGAAAAGUGAGUGUCUCUGGAAGAGGCUUGAGCUUGCUCUUCAAUGUGAAUCAGGAGGCAUUCACUGAUAACCCAGCCCUUGGUUUCGUUGAUGCUGGGAUCAUCUUUGUUAUCCAUUCACCAAAGAAAGUGCCACAGUUUGAUGGGUUAGGCUUGUUGUCACCUGUGGGAAUGCACGCAAGGGUAACCAUCCGCCAAGUGAAGACAGUUCAUCAAGAAUACCCUUGGGGAGAAUGCAAUCCUAACAUCAAGCUGCAGAAUUUUAGCAGCUACAGCACUUUCGGUUGCUUGAAGGAAUGCAAAGCCCAGCACAUAAAAAAGCAAUGUGGAUGUGUGCCUUUUCUUCUUCCUGGAUACGGGAUAGAAUGUGACCUACAAAAGUACUUCAGCUGUGUUUCUCCUGUACUUGACCACAUUGAAUUUAAGGAUUUAUGUACAGUGGGAACACAUAACUCUAGCUGCCCCGUUUCUUGUGAAGAAACAGAAUACCCGGCCACUAUUUCUUAUUCCUCUUUUCCAAGUCAAAAAGCUUUGAAAUAUCUUUCCAAGAAGUUGAAUCAAAGUGGGAAAUACAUCAGGGAGAAUCUUGUAAAAAUUGAAAUUAACUAUAGUGACCUAAACUAUAAGAUAACCCAGCAGCAAAAGGCAGUGAGUGUGUCUGAGUUACUUGCAGAUCUUGGUGGUCAGCUGGGUCUAUUUUGUGGGGCCAGUCUGAUCACGAUCAUAGAAAUUAUUGAAUAUCUAUUCACCAAUUUCUACUGGAUAUGCAUUUUCUUUUUGCUGAAGAUAUCUGAAAUGACCCAGUGGACUCCUCCACCUCAGAAUCAUCUGGGAAAUAAAAAAAGGAUAGAGGAGUGUUAAUGGUCACUUAGAAUAAAAUAGUUUCCUUUUCUUUUCAUGAUACCUUCAGAUUUAUUAUGACUAAUUCAUUGUUACGUCACUUUGCUAUAGUUUUGAGAGUUCAAUAAAAGCCAUUAAAGAUAUGUAUCUCUUCGUAUAUAUUUCUUUCUAUUUGUCUUUGUCUGUGUGUAUAUAUGUGUAUAUAUAUAUGUGUGUGUAUAUAUAUGUGCAUAUAUAUGUGUAUAUAUAUAUGUGUAUAUAUAUAUGUGUAUAUAUAUAUGUGUAUAUAUAUAUAUGAAAUAAAGAAAUAGGAAUUAUCUUUUUCACCUUUGUGUUCCCUCCACCUAGAACAGUCGAGAUUAUGUAAUAGACAUCUCAUAAAUGUUUCUGAAUGAAUGAAUAUUGGUGUAGUGAAAAAUAGACAUUUUUAUGACUAAAUAUGUAAACUAGACCCAAUAAAUAAACUAUACAUGAGGAAACAAAAUAUUUCUUUAUUCAAGAAAUGAUAUGUAUAAUUUAUGCUUUAUAAAGUUUUAAAGAAUUUUUAUUUUCAUUAAGAUUCAACAUACUUUUUUUUCCCUUUUAUCUGGAGUGUUCUAUUGUAAAUGACUUUUGGAGGGACAGAAAUCUGUUUCCCAUACAGGUGGUACUUAACAUCAAUCUAAAUGAAAAUAAAGUUAAAUCUGUACUAUCUUG